CGUCUCAUCCUUUUCAUCCCCUUUUCUCACUCCGCUCCCUCUCUCUUCCUCUCUUUUUCUCUCUCUACUUUCCACUCUCAGAGCGAAUUCUCUCGAAAGGGAAAUCUCCCUCUCUAUUGCAUGGCAGCGACUUGGAAGGUGCGAGCGAUCGCUAGAAGCUUCGAGAAGCUCUUUUCCAACCAGAUCCCGCGAGAUCCCGCUCCGAUCUCGCUCUUCCCCUCCGCGGCGACGAGGAGGGGAGUGCACGCAUCGGCCUACGACAAGAACGCCGAUGAGCAUGUGCAGGCGAGCGUGGUGCCGGAUGAUGUGAUUGAGAACGGCAAGCCUGAUAAGUAUUGGGGCCCUCACCCUGAGACUGGCGUGUUUGGGCCGGCCGAACCCAACAGUGGCUCCACCGGCAAGCCAGCCAGUGGGAAUGAUCCAGCCUCAGUGUUGGAGCAGAAGGUGUGGUUCCGCCCCCACGAAGACAUCGAUAAGCCUCCGCACAACUAAGAUCCCUACUCGGUUCUAGGCUGGAACUCCUAGCUUCUACUGUUGGCUUGGAUGAUCUGUUACCCGCGUUGGUAUUAGGCCCAUAUUAUAAAAGUAGUAGUGAUACGUAGUAGUAGUAGAAGAUUAAAUAAGAACCAACAGUGCAACACGUAUGAAGUGGUUGUGUGGUACGUAUUUGAAUUCGUGCCUUGUCGUAAAGGCUUAUUUGUUGGGUGGGUGAUGUGCUUUGUGGUUUUGGUGUGCUGCAAUUUCAGUAUAUCGCAAGCUACUUUUCUGUUGUUGUUUUCUGUGUUGCUAUGACCUGUAACGAUUUAUUUCUC